AUGGUCAAAGGUUCAGACGUUCUUCUCAUCCUCAUUGCCAUCCUCUUCCCUCCCGCCGCCGCUGCUUUCCUCACAGGUUGCAGCUGCGACCUCCUUAUCAACAUCCUCCUCACGAUCUUCGGAUACAUUCCUGGACACAUUCAUGCCUUCUGGCUCAUCUACAAGAAGAUGAAGGCCGAGGAACGUUACGGACAUGGUGGCUUCCGCUACGUAGGGAACGGUACCUACGAGCCCAUCAAUGCUGGCGGAGUGCAGCAGCCGUACUAUGGCGCAACAUCCAAUUAA